UGCAGUUAUUUUACUUGCAAUGGAGUAUUUUUACAUUGUGUUAUUGCUACUUUUACUCUAGUAAAGGAUCUCUUCCAAAACUGCAAAUUAAAACGAUCGUGAAUGUUAUUUACACAUUUGUCAAGCAAGCCGAAUUUAUUGCAAGAAAUGUCAAAAUAAAUCUGUUAAAUUUCCACAGUUUUCGUGGAGUGGAAACCAUCCACAUCAAUUUAAAUUACAAAAAUGAAUGAUUCAUUCGGUGUUUUACUUGUCUAUUCUGCUGUUCAUCUGUGGUUACAAUGGGCUGUUACCACAGACAGACAGUGACAGAGCGGGUAUAUAAAAGUAAACGGGGCUGACACACUGUUGUAGUUUGAGUAGAUGGACUCACACACACACUUUCACACACACACUCCGCCGCUCCACGCGUGCAGCCUGGAAAGCGACCAAACUGCACACUUCAACUCAGACAACCUGGACUUUUUAUUUGACUGUUUCAUAUUCUUUGUGCGCCACUUUCAAUCCAGAUUAGGUGAAGUUAAUCUCCAGUCCGACUCCAGUGAGUAGAGAGCAACAACAAAGUGAUCCAGGCUGCAACUUUGUUUUUGUGUUUUAUUAUUAAAAGAGUGUGUUUUUUAUUUUAUUUUUGCUGGACCUGAAACUUUUAGCCUCCGGGGGAGGAACCGCGGAGGACAUGCCGGGGUUUGUGGCUUUGUUGGCCGCGUUUGCAGUCCUCUCGGCUGGGUUAAGGAGCUCCGUGGCCGCGGUGGAGAUGCAGAGCUCCGUGGCCGUGCAGGAGAGCUCCGCCGUGCCCGCCGUGGAGAGGACAGCGGCGGCUGGGGUGAACAGCUCCGGGGACGGGGACAGAGGAGCGGGGCGGGCCGGCUGCCCUGGCCGCUGUCGGUGCGAGGUGGACGGGCUGCUGCACCGGGUGGACUGCUUGGACCUGGGGCUCCGGGAGAUACCGAGCAACCUGAGCGUCUUCACAUCUUACCUUGAUCUCAGUAUGAAUAAUCUGACUGUGUUGUCCAGUGGAGCUCUGUCCAACCUGCACUUCCUGGAGGAGCUGCGUUUAGCGGGAAACGAUCUGUCAUUCAUCCCCAGAGGAGCGUUCACCGGCCUGUACAACCUCAAAGUGCUGAUGCUUCAGAACAACCAGCUGAAGACCGUCCCUGCCGAGGCCUUCAGCAACCUGCACAACCUGCAGUCACUCCGCCUGGACGCCAAUCACAUCUCCGGUGUUCCCGUUGGCUGUUUCUCCGGCCUACGCUCGCUCCGUCACCUGUGGUUGGAUGAUAACUCUCUGACGGAGGUGCCGGUGGAGGCCCUGGGCGAGCUGCCCGCCCUGCAGGCCAUGACGCUCGCCCUCAACCACAUCAGCCACGUCCCCGAUCACGCCUUCAGCAAGCUGGGCCGCCUGGUGGUGCUGCAUCUCAACAACAAUAGGAUCGUUUCCAUGGGAACAAACUGCUUCCACGGACUCCACAGUUUGGAGACGCUGGAUUUGAACUACAACAGUCUGGUCGAGUUUCCGACGGCCAUCCGUUCGCUCAGUCACCUCAAGGAACUUGGUUUCCAUAGUAACAACAUCCAGUCUAUCCCGGAGCACGCCUUCACUGGGAACCCCUCACUGAUCACCAUAUUUUUCUACGACAACCCGAUCCAGUCUGUUGGGCGAUCGGCCUUUCAGAACCUGCCAGAGCUACGCACACUCUCUCUGAAUGGAGCAGCAGAUCUCACCGAGUUUCCAGAUCUGACGGGAACCAAGAGCCUGGAAAGCCUGACUAUCACAGGAGCUCGGAUCACCUCUCUGCCCAGUUCAGUGUGUGAGCAGCUUCCAAACCUUCAGCUGCUUGAUCUCUCCUAUAAUCAGAUCCAGACUCUUCCCAGCUUCUCCGGCUGCGAGAGCGUUCAGAAGAUUGAUCUGCACCAUAACGAGAUAGAGGAACUGGAGGAGAACACCUUCCACGGUCUGAUGUCACUACGCUCGCUUGACUUAUCGUGGAACAGACUGUCGUCAGUGAAGCCGAACUCUUUCUCUGCUUUGCCCGCUCUGACCAAACUUGACCUGUCGUCCAAUCGGCUGUCGUCUCUGCCUCUGAUUGGUCUGCAGAGUUUAACUCACCUGCGAUUGGCUGGAAACUCACAGCUGAUGGAGUUAAUACCCCGAGAGGACCUGCCCAGAGUCAGGGUGAUGGAGCUUCCUUACGCCUUCCAGUGCUGUGCCUUCGUCUCCUGUGAGAGGAGAGGAGGAGGAGGAGGAGGAGGAGGUUCAUCCUGGGAGAGAGAGGAGGCAGCAGACUCUACUGGGAAAGAAACCUCCGUCCUCUCCAGCCAAGGUGACACCAAACACACACCAUCACAUCUAAAACAAGUAGAUCAGGACUGGGAGGAUUUUCUGAUGGAGUUUGAAGAUGAACCCAAACUUCUACACUCUGUCCACUGCAGCCCUGCACCAGGACCGUUCCGACCCUGCCUCCAUCUGCUCGGCAGCUGGUUGAUCCGUGGAGGGGUGUGGCUCAUCGCAGCGCUCUCAUUGGUCAGCAACAGCCUGGUCGUCCUGUCAGUCUUCUUUUCCCCCGCCACCUCAGUGACACCGCCCAAGCUGCUGAUCGGUCUACUGGCCCUGGUGAACGGCCUGAUGGGAGUGUGGAGCGGCUGGUUGGCGGCGGUGGAUGCCUGGACGUUUGGCAGCUUCUGGAGGUACGGGGCGAGGUGGGAGAGCAGCUUCCUGUGUCGGCUCAGCGGCUUCCUGUGCGUAUUUGCGUCGCAGACCGGACUCUUCCUGCUCACCAUCGCAGCUCUGGAGCGAUGCCUGGCCGCCGCUCGCCACCACAAACCUGACGGACAUAACGGUCGCUCCUUGUCGCCGCUCUCUGUCCGUCUGGCCGUCUGUCUGUGCUUCCUGUUAGGCCUGGCCGUUACGCUGCCCCCCCUGGUGGCCGGACACAGUAGUACCUCCCUCUGUCUGUCGCUGCCUUCGUCCUCCUCCUCAUCCUCCCUGGCCUUCUCCGUCUCCCUGGUGCUCCUCGACUCGUUGUGUUUCCUCCUCAUGACGCUCGCCUACACUCGCCUCUACUGUCGGGCCAACAAAGCUCCACCCGCUGCUGAAGAGGAGGUGGCGUUGACUCGACAUGUAGCCUGGCUGCUCUUCUCCGACUGCCUCCUCUACCUCCCCGUCGCCUUCCUCUCCUUCUCCUCCCUGCUGCGCCUCUCCGCCGCCGGGCCGGAGGCAGCGAAGGGGAUGCUGCUGCUCGUGGCUCCGCUGCCGGCCUGCGUCAACCCGCUGCUCUACAUCCUCUUCAACCCGCUCGCCCGGCAGGAGCUGGCAGCGCUCGCCAAACGCACCUGCGGGGCUGUGGGGGUACCCAGACUCGGCAGGGGAGGAGGAGGAGGAGCUGGAGGAAGGCCGAACGUGAUGGAUUCAACGUACGACGAGGACGCAGAGAAACAGUCGUGUGACUCGACGCAGGCGCUGGUGGCAAUCGGAGGCACGAAGGACGAAGAGGAGGAGGAGAGAGGAAGAGGAAGGAGUGAGGCGCAACAUUCAGUGGCGUUUGUUGUUCCACAUCACUAGACUGACACACAAAGACACACACGGGGUCUGAAGUGCUCACCUGCCAAAUAUCUGAACAAUGAAUCUGGUGAAAAAUCAAAGACUCUCGCCUCAUUGGUUAGAUUCGGUCUUUUUUUUAGUAUUUGGGGGGAAUUUAUUUUGCUCUUAUUGGGAAAGAAACCGGACAGGCGAAAUUAGAGGAGACACAGAAACUUGCAACAAAAGGUAUCCGAUCAGACGCGAACUGGUGACGUUGCAAUUUAAUGGUCAGCGUCUUAAAACCCCCUAACCCCACCAGGAGACCCCCGUUCUUUGGUCUCUUUUGUCCCAGAUGGCCACCGUACACUCUCUCAGGUGUUGGCCAGUAAAAUCUAACCAAGAUUGCAGCGCUUGCAUUUCAAUGUGGUUUUAAUCUCUGCAAAAGAGCGCCGCCCAAAUCAACCAUAUCAGCAGAAUUUAUCUGUGAUAAUUGACUUGAGUUAACUAUUAAUUGGCUGAAUUUGGCUUAGAGGACCACACAGCCUCAGGUCAACUGUCUAAUUUGAUUAACUGCAAAUUUGUUUAGGAGUUUGUACCAUUAACAUAACUAAGGCGAGUCCUGGAUUAUUACUUAAAUCUUCUGGCCCUGUUUUAUGAAGGGGCCCUGUGGUUAAAUCUAGUUUUAAGACUUGGGGUGGUCAUGAGGGGCCCAAAAGCAUUUUUUAGGUUAAUCUGGUAGUGCUCCGGUCGUUACCCGAUGAUAAAACAGAAGCUCUAAAUCAAAACGGCACCUGUGUUUUUAUCAGCAGUGUCCAAGAAAUCUCUACUGAGCACAUUACUGCUCCUCAGAGGAUGAACUCCUGAUUUUAAUGAUCACAUGACCUUUCCUCCAGCGCCACCCUCAGGACAAACUUUGCAUUUCUAGUUAAGAAUAGCUCAGUCAUCUCAUAUUGUGGCUGCAGUGAGCACUGCAGCCUGUAGGGGGCGCUGCCGGGACCUUUGGCAGGUGAGUCAAAGACUUCAUUUAGGACACACACACACACCUACACUGCAGACUGAUGGGACUGUGUGGUAGCAAAUGUAGCAGAGGACAGUGAAAGAAAGUACAUGAAGGUGCUCACCAUGUACAGUACACACCGCCGGUUCGAGUCCAACCCUCUCGUUCUCUCUGUUUGUCUCUCUACCAUCUUUGGGGGUUUUUUCUGCUGCAAAACGACCAGUAAAUCAGAUCAAAAUGAAUUUUAAAAAAAAAGAUUAAGAAGAAGAAGAACUUUGCUCUGUGCAGGACUUCAACAUCUUCCGCUCUCUGAUUGGUCAAUCCAAGGCUUCAUGCCAGAGGCCACACACACACACACACACACACA